AUGCAUCGAUAAGAAGUAAAAAAAAGUCCUUAAAUACGUCAGUUUUGUAAAAAAAUCAAUCAUUUAAAAAGAAAUCUGUAUCUUCUAUUUAUUUAUUAUUUAAUUAAAUAACAAAAAAAUUAAAAACAGAAACCUUUUUUUAAAGCCAAAAAAAAAAAACAAGAUAAAAUGUCAUCAGAAAGAAAGUUCACCCACAAAUAGAUAGAUCCUAGUCCUUACAAGAUUGAAGAAAUAGAAUCCUACAUUAAAUUAGCAUAAGAAGUAAAAAAGAAAGCUUACUGCCCUUAUUCUAAAUUCCAUGUUGGCUGUAUUUUAUUUGACUAAGAUGGAAAGAUGCAUGAAGGUGUUAAUGUCGAAAAUGCUUCUUAUGGAUUAACUAUUUGUGCUGAAAGAAAUGCUAUUAUCUCUGCUGUCACAAAAGGUAUGAAGUCUAUUAGUCUCAUAGUUAUUAACUGUAAAACUGAAAAAGUUGGUAGCCCUUGCGGUGCAUGUAGAUAAGUAAUAGGAGAAUUUUCAAAUGAAAAAACAAUUGUUGUUCUCUCUAAUGAUAAUGGUCUCUAUGAAAUUACUGAUUUUGAAAGCAUCCUUCCAGGAGCCUUCGGACCCAAGGAUUUAUUUGGUUCUCCUAACUGCUGA